GUGGGAAGUUGCUUGAUUAUCCGUGAUGGUUUUGGCGAGUUGUAGAAGCCCUAAGCGAUGUACCUCCAAAUUUGAGGUCAGCUUUCCUUUCUCACUCUGUUGAGGUGUGAAAUCGGCAUCGUUAAAGAAAGUGUAGGAAAAAAUAGGAAAAAGUGAUUUGUUUCGAGAUGAACUAUGAAAAUAGAAGAAGGACGAUUUGAAAAUGGCAGCACCUUUUGCUUUUGCCGGAAAAAAACUGUUCAAAGCGAGAAAUUAAACUGAGAAACACGCGUCUAUCGUAGAUUUGUCCAACAUGCUAGUCAUACGAGUCUGCAGGAGUGCAAACGAGGCUAUAUGAGAAAGGAGGUUUUGGAUUUGGUCGGGAUGUAGCUAUCUUAAUCUUCACGAUUAGGAUUAAGUAUUGUUCUUUGUAGUUGUUAGAGCUUAAACUCGAAAACGAAAUAAAUGGGCUAUUUCAUUUAACAUGUAUUCUUCAACAAAUAUUAAAGGUAAACAACUACUUAGCUACUCUUGAGUAUCUUGUUGAAUGGUAUAGCUGCUCCUUGUAGUCAGGAGUUGAGAAACAAAAUCAAUGUUGGUGCUUCAACUACCGAGGCUCGCUGCGCAGGGAGGGAUGUUACGGAAGCCGCUGCAGGCUUCCGGAGCCUCCGUCCAGAGUCGGAUGUUUUUUUCAACUUCAACACCGUCGCAGUCCUCGCAAGAGUACAUUCUCAAGUUUGGAAAGCACCGUGGCCUCCGAAUCGAUGAAGCGCCAGAAGACUAUCAGAAAUGGCUUAUGAAAGCACGAGUACUUACUUACAGUUUUUUGCAGGCGUCGACUACUCGUCUCUUAGUUCAUUCAUUUCGAUUAGUUUUUACGUAGUGUUAGUCUUUUCACAUUACUCGCUGCAGGGGACAUUGUUUUUGAUCUCUGUGUUGGUCUUGGCUUAAAUUGUUAGCUUCUUUUCAAGAUGCGGUUCCACGGCCCCUAUCGGAGGGAUAACUAAGCAUCUACAGACUUUCCCAAUUUUAGGUUUAUCAGGGGAAGCCGGAUAUGGCCGCAGCAUUGGAGGCCCUUGGCUACAGACCGGAGCAAUUUGAGUACUCUUCAUACUUCUAGAAUCUACAUGCUUACGUUUUAUAUGGCUGAUCAUGUUCCACUUCCUAAUCCUAUCCCAUUCCCAACUAUUCGAUAUUUAUAUAUACAUGCCCAGAAAGCGGGCCCAUCAAGGGCCCGCUGCCCUGGGCAUAGGUUAUUUAACAACUGCCUAGGCAGCUACUUAUAUAUAUAAGACAAAGAAACGGAGUCGGAGUAGAAAGUCGGUACGUCACCAAGCGACGGACGGCAUGCUUCCGCGUUCUGAGUAUAUUAAUUGCGCGGCUACUAAUAUCUGUCGCUUGAUGUGUAUUUUUUCCAGGAAUGCCGUGGAGGUCACGCAAAUUCAUAUGAAUUCUCGUGACCUCCACGAGGAGAAUCCAGCAAAAAAGCGGGGACAAGCUGGCUCCGAAUGAGCCAGCAGACUGGCCAUGGCUAAGGUAGGAAGCUGGCAGUCGCUGUGGCUAGGCAAGCAAGCUGGGCACCGUUAUGGCUAAGCUAGGUAGCAGGCUGGCGCGGCCAUGGCUAAGCUAGCAAGCUGGCCACGGUUAAACUAGCAAGCUGGUGACGAUUGAGCUAGCAAGCUGGCCUUUAAGGAAAGGAGGGGCCUACUAUUAGCCUAGGUCUAUUACAAGUGGCCCUUAAGGGGCCUCCUUAAGGAGCUUUUUUGGGCCUUAAGGAAGACUUUAUAGCAAUUUUUUUAUGAUAGAAGAAAUUUCUUAAGGAAUGCCAUUUCCUUAAGGAAGCCCCUUAAGGGAGGCAUGAGUUUUAGGAACCUUGCCUAUCCUACAGAUACUAAUAACAAAUAAAUAUGACCAUUUUCAGUUCUGCAACUUAUAUAUUUUUAUAAAUAGAUAUAUGCUUGUCGCGGAUCAUGUGACAAGCUGUUUGUCGUGUUGUGAGGAUGAUGAGGUCAAAAUCGCGCGACAAGUGAAGCUGAGAUCGUUACGCCCCAUAUUAAGCAACAACUUACCACUCUUGUAGGGGCGAGGAGUACCCGCAGACGUCGCCGCGUGGGAGAUAUGGUGGCGGCUAUGGUGGAUCAUAUGGCGGGAAUCACAGGAACUAUGGAGCGCCCCGAUCCUACAACCAGCAACAAGGCGGAUACAACAACAACGGGGGCUACGGGAACUACAGAGGGAACAAUAUGCGAAAUAGUUAUAAUAGCGGAUACAAUAACCGUGGACCUUACGUUCCCUCCGAGAAGAAAUGGGAAUCCCUCAAAGUUGAAGCUGAAUACUGGUACUGGUUCUUCACGUAAGCACUACCGGAGAAUAUACUUACAAAAUUUUGAACGGCGCCACCAUCAAUUGACUAACUCACCUCGAUCUUGAUACCCGCUAGGCUUGUCCAGACAUUUGGGUUUUGUAUUAUACUACACAAAUUAAUAGGCAGCACCAGAAGAUAUAUGGGCACAACAAGAAAUCCUCACAAACCCCUUUUUUCAUGAAGUAAUUGCGGAACUACAGGUACAGGAGCUGGCGUUUAAUCUGGUAAAUCGUGAUCAACUACUAUUUAUAAUUUCUUACAAUUUACUAUCCUGGAGCGCCCGACAACACCCCCUCGCGCUAGGAUUCCCCUCCUCCCGAAGUAACCCCCGGAGCACUAAGCUUGCCUGGAGUUCAAUUUUUUGGAUUUGAUUUACUCGAAUCCGAAAAUUUUCGAUUUUCGCAAGUUUGUCUGGGAGUCAAUUUCUUGGGUUUGGAUUUUUUCUCAAAUCCAGAAAUUUACAAUUUUAGCAAAUUUUUUCUGGCAUUCAAUUCCUUGGGCUUGAGAACUCAAAUCCAAAAAUUUUCGACUUUAGCAAGUUUUUCGGGGAUACAAUCCCCUGGGUUUGGAUUGCUCAAAUCCGAACACUUUCGACUUUGGCAAAAACAUUGCGGAGCUUUUCUGAGAUUCAACCUUUUCCCCAAAUCCAAAAGUUUUCGACUCUAGCGAGUUUUGCUGAGGUUCAACCUCUUGGGUUUGAAUUGCUCAAGUCCAAAAAUUUUCGAUUUUCGCGAGUCUUGCUGCGAUUCAACUUCUUGGAUGUGAAUUCCUCAGGUCAAAAAUUUGCGAUUUCAGCGAGUUUCUCUGCGAUUCAAUUUCUUGGGUUUCAAUUUCUCAAAUCCAAAAGCUCUCGACUUUAGCAAGUUUUUCAGAGGUUCAAUCUCUUGGGUUUCAAUUUCUCAAGUCCAAAAAUUUCCGAUUUGCACAGGUUUGCCCGAGAUAGAUUCAAUCUCUUGGAUUUGAAUCCCCAAACUUCAGAAGUUUUUGACUUUAGCCAGUUACUCUGAGACUCAAUUUCUUGGAUUUGCUUCGUAAGGUCAAUUUCUUGGAUUUGAAUUCCUCAAAUCCCAAAAUUUUUGAUUUUCCCUAGUUUUUCUGAAAUUCAAUUUCUUGGAUUUGAUUCGCAAGCUCAUAAGUUCCGAAGUUCAUAAGUUCCGAAGUUCGCUUCGUAAGUUCAUAAGUUCGCUUCGUAAGUUCGUUUCGUAAGUUCAUAAGUUCUUGAGGUCAUAAGUUCAUAAGUUCCUAAGUUCGUGAGUUCAUAAGUUCGCGAGUUCAUGAGUUCGUGAGUUCAUGCGUUCAAAUGUGAAAGCGUGAGAGUUUGGGGCUUGGGGUUUGGAAGUGGGAGAUCGAGAGUUUGGGGGGGUCGUUGUUGUUUUUUAAUUUAGCUCUUUAAUAUUCUCAUGAAGAUUCCUGAAGUUCACUACAGGACCGAUUGUCGUACGACCAAAAAGUCUGAGCGGGCACCUGACUUCAAACAUAAACAAGAUAUGGGUCUCGCUUUGUGGCUUGUUAAGGCUGUGGGAGGUGAUUCAUCUACUUACUUUUUUUGCAUCUGUGAAAAGUAUUCCACUGGAAUACCGAAUUCGACAAGGCGCAUGUCAGAGAUGGAUAUAAUAUAUAUUAGAAUUAGACAGCCCUAAGAUUGAGUCGAAAAAUACGCCAGAUUGGGCCCGCACCUAUGACUGGGACUUGCAUUUCGAAAAAGCUGGUUGUGGAGCGGCCGACACAACAGAAUCACCGUCUCCAGCUUCAGCAGAUAACAGGAGCACACCAGCACCCGGGUCAACACCGUCCUCCUAAAUAAGUGGUCGUAGACCGUUGA